AUGCCGCCCGAGCGGAGAAGCCGAACGAAAGCGGGUCGCGGGCCCGGCGCGAAGCCGGAGCGGAAGGUCCGGAAGCGGCCGGAGCCGAGAGCCGGCGAGGGGCCGCGCGGGCCGCCCCGCAAGGCCGCUCCUUCAUCCCCGCGGAAAGCCCCGGCCGGGCCGAGCGCCGCGACCGCUGCAGUCGCCGUCGCGGCGGCGGUGGCGGAGGAGAAGCGGCUCCGGCAGCGGAACCGCCUCACGCUGGAGGAGGACGAGCCGGGCGUGGAGCGGUGCCUGGAGGAGCUGGUGUUCGGCGACGCGGAGGCCGACGAGGACGCGCUGCUGCGGCGGCUGCGGGGCCCGCGGGUUCAAGUUCGGAAGGACUCUGAUGACUCAGAAGUGGAGAAUGAAGCAAAAGAUAAUUUUCCACCUCAGAAGAAGCCAGUUUGGGUGGAUGAGGAAGGUGAAGACGAGGAAAUGGUUGAGAUGAUGAACAAUAGGUUUCGGAAAAACCUGAUGAAAAAUUCCAGUGAGAGUAAACUUUCAAAGGAAAAGCUUCAAAAGCGACUUAAAGAAGAUGGGAUUCUUCCACUGUCUGUCUGUCAAAAGGAAGAUCUGUCUGACAAAGAUAUUUUCCCCAUUAUAAAAUACUGUUGUGUGGUAGAUGAGAAGGGUACGCUGUUAAGCAAGUCAAUGAAGAAUUGCCAACCUGCUAAUGCUGAAUGUCCUACUUCUGCUCGGAUCCCAUCUGUGCAGUUUCAUCCAGGUGCACAAGUUGUGAUGGUUGCUGGACUAGAUAACUCUGUAUCGUUAUUUCAGGUUGACGGCAAAACGAAUCCUAAAAUCCAGAGCAUCUAUUGGGAAAAGUUUCCGAUCUUUAAGGCUUGUUUUAGUGCUAAUGGAGAAGAGGUUCUGGCUACGAGUACCCAUAGCAAGGUUCUUUAUGUCUAUGAUAUGCUGGCUGGAAAGCUAAUUCCUGUGCAUCAAGUGAGAGGUUUGAAAGAGAAGAUAAUAAGGAGUUUCGAAGUUGCCCCAGAUGGGACCUUCUUGCUCAUAAAUGGUGUUGCGGGAUAUUUGCAUUUGCUGUCAAUGAAGACUAAAGAAUUGACUGGUAGCAUGAAAAUCAACGGGAGGGUUGCAGCAUCCACAUUUUCUUCAGAUAGUAAGAAAAUAUAUGCAUCUUCUGGGGAUGGGGAAGUUUAUGUUUGGGAUGUGAACUCCAGAAAGUGCCUUAACAGAUUUGUUGAUGAAGGCAGUCUCUAUGGAUUGAGCAUUGCUACAUCGAGGAAUGGACAGUAUGUUGCUUGUGGUUCUAAUUGUGGAGUGGUAAAUGUCUGUAAUCAAGAAUCUUGUCUCAAAGAAACAAACCCAAAGCCAAUAAAAGCUAUAAUGAACUUGGUAACAGGUGUUACGUCUCUGACCUUUAAUCCUGCUACAGAAAUCUUGGCAAUUGCUUUGGACAAAAUGAAAGAAGCAGUCAGAUUGGUUCACCUUCCUUCCUGUACAGUAUUUUCAAACUUUCCAGUUGUGAAAAAGAAGACUAUUUCUCUUGUUCAUACCAUGGAUUUUUCUCCCAGAAGUGGGUAUUUUGCCAUGGGGAAUGAAAAGGGCAAGGCUCUACUGUAUAGGUUGCACCAUUAUUCAGACUUCUAGAGAAAUUGUUCGAAGUUCAGCUGAGCCACAUGAAAAGAAUAUCCUGAUAAAUCUUAGAAAUUUUACAGAAUGUAUAAUAUGAUUUAUUGGUCCUGUUAUACCUAUUUAAUAGAAUUGUGUUAAUAAACACAUAAC